AUGGAUGUCCCUGGAAUCGCAUUGAUCACCGGAGCUGCGUCAGGCAUUGGACGCGCUUGCGCAAAGACAUUCGCUAGAGAUGGCGCCUCAGGAAUCGCCCUGCUCGACCUCAACCCUCAAGCCUUGGCAGCCGUCAAAGCCGAGAUCGAAGAGCAAACAAGAAAGCAAGGAAAGCCCUGUCGAGUCGAGACCUACCCGACCAACAUCGCAGACGAGAAGCGGGUCAACCAAGUUGUACAAGAAGUGGCAGCAACUUUCGGUCGUCUUGACUAUGUGGUGAACGCAGCCGGCAUUGCCAUGAAGCACACCGGUGGUGCUGCUUUCUGCGAGACAGAAGACUGGGAACGAAUCUUGAACAUCAACCUUACCGGAACAUUCUUUGUUCUGCGCGCAGCUGCCCAGGUUAUGCUGAAGCAAGAACCUAUUCGCUCCUCCUAUGACGGCCGGCCAUUGCAGCGCGGCUCUAUCGUGAACUUUUCGUCUAUUCAGGGUGUUGCUGGAAUCGCAUGGUCGACCGCUUAUACUGCGACAAAGCAUGCUGUUAUUGGAUUGACCCGCACCGCAUCAGAGGAUUAUGCUAAGGAUGGAUUGCGCAUUAAUGCCAUCUGUCCUGGAUACACGGAGACACCUUUGACCACAAAGUCCCCGCAGAUCCUGGCGGCUAUGAAGGAUAAGGUUGCUAAUGCAGUGCCUAUGGAGAGAAUGGGUCAGCCGGAGGAAAUUGCCGAUGGUGUCGUUUAUUUGAGUGGUGGAAGAGCUUCUUUUGUGACCGGCACAGCUUUGUUUGUGGAUGGUGGAUACACCCAGCGUUAA